AUGAUGCGUAAAUGCACACACCAGAUCGUCAUUCCGUUUCAGAGGCCAGUCCGCUCGUCAUGCCUCAAUCUCCCAUUCUCCGUGUCCCAUGGUCGGCUUCACUCGCUUUCUGCCCGUUGCCGUGUGUGUGCGCGGCGCGGAGCAGACGAGCCGGGAAGGUUCGACGAGGUGGUGGAGGAGAAGGGCGUGCGAGUGGUGGUGGAGGAGAAGGGCGUGCGAGUGGUGGUGGAGCCCAAGGCGCUCAUGGCCAUCAUCGGCACCACCGUCGACUUCGUACAGGAUCGCGCGCGCAGUGAGGCCUCCGAGUUCAGUCACACGUGCAUCAGUAUGCACGGGGAAGGUGCAGGUGACAUGGGAGGCGCAGGGGGCAUGGGAGGCGCAGGGGGCAUGGGAGGCGAAGGGGGCAUGGGAGGUGCAGGGGGCAUGGGAGGCGCAGGGGGCAUGGGAGGCGCAGUGGGCAUGGGAGGCGCAGGGGGCAUGGGAGGCGCAGUGGGCAUGGGAGGCGCAGUGGGCAUGGGAGGCGCAGUGGGCAUGGGAGGCGCAGGGGGCAUGGGAGGCGCAGUGGGCAUGGGAGGCGCAGUGGGCAUGGGAGGCGCAGGGGGCAUGGGAGGCGCAGUGGGCAUGGGAGGCGCAGUGGGCAUGGGAGGCGCAGUGGGCAUGGGAGGCGCAGUGGGCAUGGGAGGCGCAGUGGGCAUGGGAGGCGCAGGUGGCAUGGGAGGCGCAGUGGGCAUGGGAGGCGCAGUGGGCAUGGGAGGCGCAGUGGGCAUGGGAGGCGCAGUGGGCAUGGGAGGCGCAGUGGGCAUGGGAGGCGCAGGGGGCAUGGGAGGCGCAGGGGGCAUGGGAGGCGCAGUGGGCAUGGGAGGCGCAGUGGGCAUGGGAGGCGCAGUGGGCAUGGGAGGCGCAGUGGGCAUGGGAGGCGCAGUGGGCAUGGGAGGCGCAGGGGGCAUGGGAGGCGAAGGGGGCAUGGGAGGCGCAGGGGGCAUGGGAGGCGCAGUGGGCAUGGGAGGCGCAGUGGGCAUGGGAGGCGCAGGGGGCAUGGGAGGCGCAGUGGGCAUGGGAGGCGCAGUGGGCAUGGGAGGCGCAGUGGGCAUGGGAGGCGCGGUGGGCAUGGGAGGCGCGGUGGGCAUGGGAGGCGCAGGGGGCAUGGGAGGCGCAGUGGGCAUGGGAGGCGCAGUGGGCAUGGGAGGCGCGGUGGGCAUGGGAGGCACCGUGGGCAUGGGAGGCGCAGGGGGCAUGGGAGGCGCAGUGGGCAUGGGAGGCGCAGGGGGCAUGGGAGGCGCAGUGGGCAUGGGAGGCGCAGUGGGCAUGGGAGGCGCAGUGGGCAUGGGAGGCGCAGUGGGCAUGGGAGGCGCAGGGGGCAUGGGAGGCGCAGUGGGCAUGGGAGGCGCAGUGGGCAUGGGAGGCGCAGUGGGCAUGGGAGGCGCAGUGGGCAUGGGAGGCGCAGGGGGCAUGGGAGGCGCAGUGGGCAUGGGAGGCGCAGUGGGCAUGGGAGGCGCAGUGGGCAUGGGAGGCGCAGUGGGCAUGGGAGGCGCAGGGGGCAUGGGAGGCGAAGGGGGCAUGGGAGGCGAAGGGGGCAUGGGAGGCGCAGGGGGCAUGGGAGGCGCAGUGGGCAUGGGAGGCGCAGGGGGCAUGGGAGGCGCAGUGGGCAUGGGAGGCGCAGGGGGGUCGUGGCGAGUCUGGACCGCUCCCUUGUGUCUUCCCUCUCACACUCUUGCUCCUUCCCCACUCCUGCAACUACCUUUAAUAUUUUGCCGCCCCUUCCCCGCGCCGCUCCCGUACGUCCCCUUCCCCCUGCGCCCCUCCCAUACGCUCCUUCCCCGCGCCCCUCCCCCACGCCCUCCCCUGCGCCCCUCCCCUCUGCGUGUCUCCCCUCUGCCCCUCCCCUGCGUCCCUCCCCCUUUCGCCCCAUGGCAGCUAGCGCCAGUGGAUGCGCCAGCAGCGGUGGAGCGCUUCCUCUUGCACUGGCAGCCCAACGCGGCGGUGUUCAUGGAGCAGGAGCUCUGGCCCAACCUCCUGCUCUCGCCACACCUGCUCAAAGUGCCCAUUGCGCUGCUCAAUGGGCGCAUGACCCAAUCAACGUUUGACAGGUGGCACGCCAUGGAUGGGCUCUUCCUCCCUCUCGUCUCCGCCAUGAUUGGUCGCUUCGCCCUCAUCACCACCACUAGCACGGAGCAGGGGCUACGAUAUCAGCGCCUGGGCGCCAACCCCAUGCUCACACGCUACACUGGCAACCUCAAGUUCGCCGUCCUGCAGGUGGCGGGGCUGCUCAUAAUCAUAACCUCUGCCUGCCCACAUGCCUCACACGGACCCACCCCGUCUACCCCCUCCCCCCCCCUUUCCCCCCCAGCCAUCCUGCGCGUGCAUCGCAAUCUGAAGCACCGAGUGGCGGGGCUGCUCACCGUCAUCGUGCCGCGCGACCCAAGCAGAGGGGCGGCCAUUGGCAAGGUGAGGAGGGGGGCCAUUGGCAAGGUGAGGAGGGGCAAUUGGCAAGUCUCCUCUCCACAUCCCGCCUGCCAGCUCUCUCCUUCUCCCAACUCCCGCGCGGCGCAAGUCUGUGGCGCGCCCAGUCCUUUCAAAAGAAUCACCCCCCCCCCUGUUGCACUCCUCCUUCCGCCCCUCCUCUUCCUUCCAGUUCCUGGCAUCGCAGCAGCACCCCCCACCACCACUAAAGCCGGUGCUGUAGCCCCAGACCUCCCAAAAGCACCACCCACCCCCGUUCCACUCCCUCCAUCCCACCUCUCGCACUUGCCCCAGUUUCUGGCAUCGCAGUUGCACCACCCGCCACCGUUGCAGCCAGGGAUGACAGCGGAAGAGGCGCGGGCCAAGCCGGUGAGAGUGGCUGUGCACUCCCAGGGGCACGCAGUGACGCCCGACACGGACUUCUAUAUUGCUGAUACCAUUGGCGAGUUGACGCUGCUCUACUCCAUCAUCCCGCUCGCCUUCGUGGGGGGCUCGCUGCUGCCCGGUCUGGGCGGCCACAACAUUGCUGAGCCUGCUGUCUCCUCCUGUGCCGUCCUCACUGGUCCCCACCUGGGUCACUUUACCUCUGUGCUGCAGCAGCUGCAGCAAGUUGCGCCCCUCUCUGUGUGGCAGGUGGCGGACGAGCAAGAGUUACAGACAGCAGUGCAGCAGCUACUCACAAACGAGGCACAGCUGAACGCGCGGCGCAUAGCAGCGCAGCGAGCGGCAGCGUCGGGCACGGAGGGCGUGGUGGACGAGGUGUGGGAGGCGCUCGACUUCGCCGUGCUGCACCGCAUGACCCUCCCCGCCGCCGCUGCCUGCGGCGACCGAGCAGCGGCAGCAGCUGCGCUGGAGUUGAGAGAAGAUGGACCAGAUGCGGAGCUCACAGGCGUGCUGCAGGCGAGACUGGACCGCAUCGAGUCGUUUCCCUCGGCCGCUGGCGCCAUACACGGUGCCGCGGUGGAUGGGGCGCCGCUGCUGUCUCCGGGUGGGGUGAGCCAGAAUGGAGGUGCGAGAGGAGCGUGUGGUGUUAUCAGCCCGAGGGCGCAAGUGGCGAGGGAAGCACGGAGUGGUGGUGCUGCUGGGUCAGGGUCUGGAGCUGUUUUCAAGGGUAACAGUGGGAAGCCGGCUGUGGAUGGGGGCGGCAGUGCAAUGGGUUCGACGCGGUCGAGCAGGAUAGAGAGCGGUGGGCCGAAUGAUGAGCUGGCUGGGCGGCUUCGAGCUCGAAUCGAUAAGAUUGAGACGGGGCCGAAAUGUGAUGACCUGAAUGCUCACAAGUGA